UGAGGGACGGAGAGGGGGGAAUGAAGAGGAGGAGGAAGAAGAGGGGUGUCAACGAGACGCUUGUCAUCGUCAGGCCACCACCGACGAGCGGACCGAAGAAGUUGAUGAAUCUGCAGAUCCAGCUGGUGCUCGAUGUUGAUCGGGACAAGAGGAAGUCGAAGAGCAGGAGCACCUCGGUCUCAUCAACGGCAACGGGGUCCGAAUCCAUCGCGCUUCCACUAGAUCUGCCUUCACCGUCGAUCCUGAACAAUCCUAUCGGAGGUCUUCGUCGACCCGAGAUGCCUUCCCGUCUCUCUACCCCGGCGCCUAGCCCGCCAUCCACCCCGGGCUUAGGAUCGGUCCCUGGAGACAGCCCAACGGGGAGAAAGACGCACAUCACCAUUGCAGAACCUAGAUCCGCGAGUCGACCCGGCUCGAUCGUACGGAACGUCAAUGGGAAUGAUCACAAGGAGGUCUUGAGGUCCGCAACAUCGGAGCACGAGGGUGUCGGGCAAUCCACAACCCCAUCCUCAUCCGACAGCGAAAAGAGGCAGAAGCGAAGGGAUCGGCGAUUGUCGAGAGCGUCGUCAGUGGUCUCGCAGGCGUCGGUGACCAGCAACGUCUCGGCAGUCAGCGGGAUCUCGGGAGUCAGCGGAUUGAGUGAAUCGACGAGCGGUGGGAGCGUCAGGACGAACAAGCGAGGGAAGAGGAUCGUGCCCAUGUACAACCUCAACGUGCACAAUGUCAUGACGACGAGCGUGACGGAUGCGGGGACGGACGAAAAGGUCGCCAAGUUCUUGAAACGCGCUCUAGAUAUUCACUCGGUCGGAUCGCUCGAGCCCGCCGAGAUAUGGCAUCCUUAUGCGCUCGACAACCGACUGCCCCACUUGACACCGCAUCAGACGAGGAGCGAUACGGGGUCUCCUGAACACGAAGACAAGGUCUGGGGGUUCAACUCGACACCAAGCGCAGCGGGACCUUCAUCGAUCAACAAGCGCGCCAGUCUUGAAGCCCCGGCCGGGCUGAUGGCCAGGCUGGAACAAGAGGAUCGAACAGCAGCCCCAACCUCCGGCAAGACCAAGCAGUUUUUCGGUAGGCUGUUCAAGAAGAAGGACCCCGCAGCCGAAUCAGGGUCGAGGGACGUCGCGACGGGAUCCGGGUUGAUCAGUCCGGCUAGAACGUCGUUCGUUGCAUCGUCAGCAGAGAGGCUGCUCUCGCCACUAUCACCGGCUUCCACCCGGGUCUUCCAUGGGUCUGAAGCAAGAAACUCGAUCAUCUCGACGCACUCCGUCGUCCCCAACCAGCAAUAUGCAAGCCACACAUUCGGCUCGUACCCGAUGGUCUCGACCGCGCCGGACGCGAGUCUUGGCGAGGGAAGUCUGCAUCGACCGAUGGGAUACACGUUUACCGUCAAGAAAUGGGCCGCUGGGAAGGGUGGGCAGGAGACGAUGAUCGCGCCUCCUUCUUGGGCAGCGAGGUUCGCCAGUACCGACAAGCCCGUCGUUGGUGCGAGUCCAGAGGGUAGCGAGGUCGUCUUCGAAUGGUCACGCGGCAAGGGCAAAUCGGGACGGCUCAGUCGUACGGAUGGGUCUGGGGCGAGAUCAACGCCGCAUGGGACGAUCCCGAUGCCUAUCAGAUCGAGCUCGGUGGCCAGCACCAACUUUGGUGAGACGCUCGAAGUACCCUCUGCCGAGAGCUCGCGGCCUACCAGCAUGAUCUCGAUGUCGGACGAUCACCAUACAUCCCUCCCGUUGGGACCGUUACAAGCCCAGCAGCAGACGGCCAGGAGAUCUGUUUUGGAACGAGCUCGAUCGGAGGAUCGGAUGACGACCUCGAGAUCCUCUUCGCCGGCGCCGAGCGUUCGCGCCCCGACCCGUUUAUCCAACCAUGACGACGGGGAAGAAUCCGACCCCGAGGAUUCAGAGACACCCUGGGUCUGCCGGGUAUAUAUUCCCGGUCGGAGGGAGGACGACACCACGGCGCGCCCGGACGAAAGAAAGUCAAAGAACAGGCGUCGGGACGGAUCAGAUGGAGAGGGCAUCGUAGUAGCCACUCUGUAUCCAGCGCCGCAUCAUCCCCGGGUCAUCGCUCAGGUCAAGGUGUCGACAGACUACACGCCUGUACCCACGGGGAUUUUCCGGGCUGCAUCACGGAGACAGAGCAACACCGAUAGCACAACGACGACUUCGAUUAAGGGGGACGAGAUCAUGCUCAGCGAGGAGAACGUCAAGGACGUUGUCGGCGUGACGGCCAUGUGGUUGGUCGUUCGGGAAGACUUUGGGGGUCUGGCCAAGAAGAAGAAGGCAGUCGAGGCGAGGCGAUAGCUUGUCGAAGCGCGCUUCAGAGCGGGUCGAUGUGAAACGAGACGGGAUGAAGACGAAACUGUAUUCUUAUCAGUGUGGACUACACGCGCUAUAAUAACCCCACGUGAUUCACAUCCUGCUUAAGAUGACAAUGCGCAUACAGUUUACUUGGAU